GUGAUGCAGGCAGGGAGCUGUGGAGACUCCCCAGGAAAAGCCCCUGCAGGCCAGCCGAGAGCAACCCUGCUGCCCACAUCCAAUGGUAGUGGGCCAGGCCAGGAGUGGGAAGGCCACUGGCCAGAGAUCCCAGAGAAGUCACCGUGCGUGGUUGGUGUCAUUCCUGUCAUCUACUACAGUGUUCUGCUGAGCUUGGGGCUGCCUGCCAACCUCCUGACCUCAGUGGCCCUGGCCCGCCUCGCCGCCAAGACCAGGAAGCCCUCCUACUACUACCUCCUGGCGCUCACGGGCUCCGACAUCACCACCCAGGUGGUCAUCGUGUUCGUGGGCUUCCUCCUGCAGGGCGCGCUCCUGGCCCGCCAGGUACCCCAGGCCGUGGUGCGCGUGGCUAACGUCCUGGAGUUUGCCGCCAACCAUGCCUCAGUCUGGGUCACCGUCCUGCUGACCGUUGACCGCUACAACGCCCUGUGCCACCCCUUGCGCCACCGGGCCACCUCGUCCCCAGGCAGGACCCGCAGGGCUAUUGCUGCUGUCCUCAGCGCCGCCCUGCUGACUGGCAUCCCCUUCUACUGGUGGCUGGAUGUGUGGAGGGACACGGGCCCCCCUGGCACGCUGGACGAGGUCCUCAAGUGGGCCCACUGCCUCAUCGUCUUCUUCAUCCCUUGCAGCGUUUUCCUGGUCAGCAACUCAGCCAUCGUCCUCCAGCUGCGGAAGAGGGGACGGAGCGGGCUGCGGCCCUGGGUGGGCAAGAGCACAGCCAUCCUCCUGGGGGUCACCUUGCUCUUUGCCCUUCUGUGGGCACCCCGAAUCUUCGUCAUGCUCUACCACCUGUAUGUGGCCCCCGUCCACCGGGACUGGAGGGUCCACCUGGCCCUGGAUGUGGCCAACAUGGUGGCCAUGCUCAACACAGCAGUCAACUUUGGCCUCUACUGCUUUGUCAGCAAGACUUUCCGGGCCACUGUCCAGCAGGUCAUCCAUGAUGCCCACCUGCCCUGCACCCUGGGGUCACAGCCAGAGGGCAUGGUGGGGGAGCCUGUGCUGAGGCCCCCAGAACCCCCCAAAGGGGCGGGGUUGUAG